GGAACAGGAAGAGAAAGAUACAGACGGAGGGAGAAAAAGAACACGCCUUGUGACUCUGUGCUCCCAGCUUUAUCACAAUUUUUUGUUGUAAAUUUGUUUGUGACUGACAAACUGUUGAGAGAAUUAUGUUGCAUGUAGUUAUUGUCAAUUCAAGGAGCUGAUGUUCAGCGAAAGACAGACAUCAAAACAGGUUCACAUGUUUGAUAGUGGACUGCUACAAAGGUCAAUGGAGGUAAACACUGAGUCUGUGGACAUCACAGUUGAUACAACAAAAGUGAACCCGUUUGAACACCUUUUAAAUGAAGAGAAAGGUGGUGAAAUAGACGGUGAAGAUGACAGGGUCAACAAAGAGGACACAGAAGAUCCAGUGGAAGAGAGAAAACACUUUAGUGGAGAAAGAGAAAGUGAGGAUGGAGAGACAGAGAGUAUAAAGAAUAAAAUACAAGACCCAGAGUUGGAAAUAAAGAGACAGAACAGUGUUGAGACAGAGAGAGAUGAAAGAACAGAAGAGGUGAAUCAGGAACAAAGGAGGGAUGAUGAAGGGAGGGAGAAAAAUAAAAUGGAUUUUGAAGAUCAAACAAUCAAAGAUGUGAAUGCAAAAAUAAACAGAGAAGAAGGAAGCCAUAUUGUAGAAAAGAUUAAAACAGAGACAACUAGGGAGACAGACGGAGAGGAAGGACUAGUCAGAGAAAGACAGCAGGACACAACAAAUGUCAAGCCAGUAGCACAACUUAUUGACCCAGUAUCCGCUGAACCAAACUCCAGAGACAGACUGAGUCCCCAGGAUGCACAGAAACAGAUUCGCCGGUUAACUCCUGACUUCCCAGACUCGCUGUAUGAAUUGCUGUGCUCUUUACAAGAAGGAAGAAGGCUGAAUGACCAGCGUUGCUCUUUCAUAGUGGAGCGGAGAUGCCAUUCUGAGCCAAGUACUCCUGUACCCCGGCACCGAGUGGUUUUCUCCUCGAUGACAUCGUUGCAGAAAGAGGAGUUUUUUGAAUUUGUGGCUACAUCCCAAGGCCGUCGUCUUGAUGACCAGCGAGCAGAGUUACAUGAUAUCCCACCCCCUCAACCACCUCUUCAACGAAAAGCCAAUGACAGGAAGGCUAGCCUUAAGGGGGCGGAGUCAAAGAGAGUGGCUCCAAGACCUGCUCCUAAAGAAGAAUUGUACAACAUGAUUCUGACUUCUCAAGCUCAGGGGAGACUGGAAGAGCAGCGUAGUGCUGCUCCUGGCCCAAUGGACGAUGAAGAUUUCUUCUCACUGCUAUUGAGGGUACAAGGAGGAAGAAUUGAUGAGCAGAGGACAGAGCUCCCUAUUACUCUUAGAGAAUGAAGAGGAAUGGAGUGGGUGACCAGAAAUGCGGAAUGGGACUCCUCACAUUCAAACUCUGCAUGUGACUUAGGGUGACCAGGCUUGAGUGUGGCUGUUUUGCAAGUCAUCUGUUCUACUGAGUUAGUUACCUUUUUCACAGUGCUGUGUGUCAAACAAAAUAUCCCAUGUCAACACAAAAACUCUGAUAAUUUGCUUAUUUUUUAUAAGUGAAAUGUAUCAAUUGUGUUCUUUUAAUCACAUUGCAAAAUAAAUAUGGAAAACAUAUUCAAAUUCAUGUUCAUUCAAAUUUAACCAGAAAGGUUUUAAAAAAUAUGUUUAAUAGUACAUACAUGCAUACAUACAAGUUAAUUUCACCGAAGGGUUUCAAGUGUUAGCAUACAGAAUAAAUGGCAUAUAAUGUUAUUGUGAACAAUUACUGUAUAUUAACUGACUUGUUUUUGGUUUCUAUUUGUGUUUUUGUCCAGCCAUAAUUCCAUUAUUUAGAAUUUGACAGCCAUAUUUCUACUAUGAAGACAUUGUGCCCCAAACAGGAUAGUUCACACUGGCUUUUCAACAAAUAAAUGAACUGAAAACAAA